AUGAUACAAUCCGGUGCUAAAGGUUCACUAGUCAAUUCCAUUCAAAUAAGUUGUGCACUUGGCCAGAUUGAACUGGAAGGUCAACGACCAGCUCUUUCAAUUACUGGUCGAUCUUUACCUUCAUUUAGAAGUUUUGAUCCAUCCCCUAGAGCUGGAGGUUUUGUUGAACAACGUUUUCUGACUGGAAUUAAUCCACAAGAAUUGUUUUUUCACACAAUGGCUGGACGUGAAGGUCUGAUCGACACGGCUGUCAAAACUUCUCGUUCCGGUUAUUUACAACGAUGUAUUAUUAAACAUUUGGAAGGAAUUUCUGUUCGUUAUGACAAUAGUGUGCGGAAUUUUGAUGAUAGUAUUAUUCAGUUCCGCUAUGGAGAGGAUGGUCUUGAUGUUGGACGUUCAACAUUCCUCACUUCAAAACAAUUUCCAUUUCUUGUUGAAAAUAUUGAAGCUAUACAAAAAUUAUUCAUUCCAUCAUUCGAUAAUCCCGAAGAAGAGGAACACACAAAAUGGAAUUUAUCUGAAACUGAGAAACACUACAAAAGGAUAUCUAAAUUUAAACAAAGAAGAAUUCUUGAAUUGCAGGAUAAAAGUCAAAAUGUAGAUAUUGCGAAUAUCUGCAAGAAUAAACGAUUUUCUGCUUUUAAUCAAUUCCAUCAAAGUGUAGAUUCAAAUUAUCUAUUAAAAGAUUCGUUAGUUGCUGAUUGGAAUAAAUUAAACAAAGAAGAAAGAGAGGUUUAUAUUCCAAAAGAUUUGAAGCCACCAGAGCCUGUUGAUGUGGUUUUCCAUCCUGCUACAAAUCUUGGUUCACUUCCAGAAUCUUUUUUAAAUCAAUUAAAUAAUUUUGCUCAAAAAUCUAAAUUAGACGGCAAUCUAAAUUUAUUUAAAAGAUCAAUUUAUUGGAAAGGCCUUCGUGCUUAUGCUGAUCCAGGAGAGUCUGUUGGACUUUUAGCUGCUCAAUCUAUUGGAGAACCAUCAACACAAAUGACUUUAAAUACUUUCCACUUUGCUGGAAGAGGUGAAAUGAACGUUACUUUAGGAAUUCCUAGAUUGAGAGAAAUUUUGAUGACACAGGGGAAAUCAAUUGCUACACCUAUGGCUGAGAUUUGUAUUCGUCCUGAAGUAACUGAAGAACAAGUUCAGCAACUUAAAUCAGAAUUUAGCCCCAUAACUCUUAGACAUGUUUUGAAAAAUUUUUCGCUUGUUGAAGGAAUUGUUGCUAGAGAGGAUGGACUUUGUUAUCGUCAAUAUAUUGUUCGACUUGAACUACUUAAAAAUAAGAAACGUGAUCAAAUUGCUCGUCAUUUGCGUAGAAAGAAAAUAAUGCUUGAAAUUGAAAGUCGUUUUGUUCCUUUACUCUCUACACAUUUAAUAAAAAGAGAUAAAGAUGUGUUUGAACAACAACAGAUUCAACAAAGAAAAAUUCGUGGCAAUGAUAAUGAUGCUGGUGGAGAACAAGUAGAAACAAGCAAGAAGGGACAAGAUGAAUUCUUAGCUAGCGAUGAAGAAGAUGCAAUGGCUGAUUUACAAGGAGAGUUAGAUGCACACGAAGAAAGGUUGAAUAGACGUCAUUUGGAUGGGAUGGCUGAAUAUGAGGGUGAAGAACAGGAUAGAGGAGAUUCUGGUAUUGUUGAUGAAUUUGAUGAUGAACUUAUUGAAGCAGAAGAAGAAAAAGAAGAUAGUGAAGCUGAACUCGCUAAUGAUGAUGAUAAAGAUGAUAAUGAAGAGGAAGACUCAAAUAAUAUAAAAAAUGCACACAAAUUUAUUGUUGACGAGGAAAGGGUUAAUAUGGUAACCAAAGGUUGUGUUAGACAAUAUGUUUAUGAUGUUCGUAAGGAGCGUUGGUGUUCAAUUACUUUUGAGUUACGUCUUCGAAAUAAAUGUGAAAUUGAUGUGCCUGCAUUAGUUGAAAGGGAAAUUGAUAAAUUUAUAGUAACACAAAUUAGUAAAGUCGAAAAAUGUGUGAUUAGAAGUGAAGAACGUAAUGGGAAAAUGAUACAAAUACUUCAAACACAAGGAAUUAAUUUGGAGGCUUUCUACAAUCGAGUACAAUUUUUGGAUGUUAAUACAAUUUAUUCAAACGAUAUUAAUGUUAUGCUAAAUUGUUAUGGUGUAGAGGCUGCAAAUCGAACUAUUGUUAAGGAAAUGAAUAAUGUAUUCGGCGUUUAUGGAAUUGAAGUUAAUCCAAGACAUUUAACAUUAACUGCUGAUUAUAUGACUUUUGGUGGGGAUGUCCAAGCUUUUAAUCGUACUGCAAUGGCUCAUAGCCCCUCACCCUUACAGAAAAUGACUUAUGAAACUACAAUGGUUUUUAUGCAAAAGGCUAUAGUUUCUGGUCAUUCUGACUCUCUCUUUUGCCCUUCAGCUCGUAUAGUUAUGGGUCAAUUAAUUAGAGAGGGGACUGGAUCCUUUGAUUUAUUAACAUCUCCAGAAUAUGCUUUAUAUCGGCCAAACAAAAAAGAAUUUGAAGAAAAUAUUAGACCGAUAUCAGAAACUAGUAAUAAAAUUGAACAAAUGAGAAGAAAAAGACAUAGAAGAAAAACACAAUUUCACAUAAAAAUGUAA